ACUAAGAUGAUUUUAGUUACGCGAAAAGUAGACUUGUGAGUUUCUAAGUACUUCUGUGUCUGUGUGUUAUAAUAAGAUAUUUUGUUGAUGAUUUUGUAUGAAUUCUGACAAAAAAUUUCGGGUUGUGUUGGUUUAAUUGUCCUUAUUAUAAACAAUUAUUUUACUAUUCUUAACUCAUCAUAGAUAAUAAAGUAAUAAGGCUUAAACACCCAUUUGAAGCUAAUUUAUAACAAAUAAUGAUGCAUUUGCAUUAUAAACAAAAUAUAACAAUGCAACAGAAAAAGAAAAAGAAAUUAUUUCAGAGAUAUAGCUUUUUCUUCUCAAUGCUUCUUUGUAUGUUAUUUGCUACUAUACAACCAUAUUUAGGGGGUACAAUCGGUAUAGCAAGUGGUAAUUUUAUGGUCUGGUAUUUUGCGGUGCCACUAACAUAUUUAGAAGCAGGAUUAUUAUGUACUCCACAUUCUCUCUAUGUGGCGUUAACAAAUGGUUACCUGAUAAUAUUUGUGAUGGUUUUUAUGUAUGGUGUGAUGCCCUUUUUAGCUAAGCUUGGGACAUGUUUAUUAUUAUAUUCUAAAGUAAACAUAUGGCUUCUUAAAGGAAUGGAAGUACUUUAUUGUAUGCCACCACCAUUUACUUCCAGUCUAGCACUUUGUCAGAUAGCACAAGCUGACCUACCAACUAGUGUGGUUACUACGUUAAUAGGACAUUUGGGAGGAUUUUUCUUAUCUCCGAUUCUUUUAUAUUUUGUGUUAGGAGCAUCUACUCCACCUUUAAUUGGUGUUAAUGUUAAGGAGAUUAUAUAUAGUACUUUGUUACCUCUGUCUAUUGGAAUGAUAUUACAGUUUUCUGUAGUAAACCCUAAUGUUUGCUCCAUAAUUGGUAUUGGAAGAUAUUCUCAAGGAUUACUAUUAGUCAUAGCAUAUUAUUGGUUUUCUGAUGCAGUUUCUGCAGAUGUUUCAUCUUUGCAAGCUACGGACAUAUUAUUAUGUAUACUAAUUGCUUGUAUUGGACAGCUCUUCACAUGCUGUUUAUAUUGGGGUUUAUCUUCUCGAUGGUUACCUAGAAAUAUUCUUCUAGCAGCAUUAUUUGUUAGUACUCAUAAAUCAGUUGGUCUUGGAAGCUGGAUUUUACGAAGUACAUAUCAUGGAUCUGCUCAGGGACCAGCAAUUAAUUUACCGCUUUCAAUUCUACCUGUAGCACAACUUGUAUUGGGUACUUUACUGGCAAGUUGGAUUGCUCCACAUUAUUCAUUAAAAAAUUGAAAAAUUAAAAUCUUGAAAGCUCACUCAUAGUUUACAAAAUGUUAAUAACACAAAAAUAUGAAUAUUUAUUUUUUUCUAUUAAAUCUUUAAGAAAUAGAUCAUAUAUGCAUAGUACCUAAAGGUUCUUUAAUGUAUAUUAAGAAUACAGUUAUAAAAAUGAAAGUCUAAAGUUUCAGUUCUCAAAAUUCUAUUAUAAACUUUGCACAAUACAAUAGCUAUUCUUGUUUUAUUUUUAUGCAUUAGACAAUAUAAGCUAAAAUACAUUCACCAAACGCAUAUAUGAUUUCAUAGUUAAUGCCAAUAAAUUCCAUUGGAUGCAUAUAUACAUGUUUAUAUACAUUGCAGUACUUAAAGAGUUAAUUCUUUUUUGUAUAUUUGUAUAGUUGUUAAUAUAUACUAUUAUUUGUUGUUAUCUAAAUGAAAAAAAUAAACACUUUCCGUUAUAUAAUAU